GAUUUACCUUGGUUUGUUAGCUCUGAAAGCCCCGGGCUGUAAAAAGGUUUGGGUUAGGAAUUAGACUUUGAUUCUUUAGGGCUUUCUUAACCCUGCUCUGCAACACCUUCUGGUGUCUGGAGAAGAGGUAGAUUGCAGGACUCAUAAAAACUUUGAAGUUGCUCUUCAAGGAAACAGAUUUUUAAACUUGUGAGUCUUCAGAGAGAGAGAGAGAGAGAGAAAUAAACUCUCUUAAUUUGAAUUUGGAUUUAUUUUUCACUAUACAUAUAUACAUUUAAGAGAAUUAAUAGCGGCUGAUGUCACUCAUUAAUUUGUCCGGCAGGUAUGACGUUGUUCAAAUGUAAAACUAAGUUUAUUGCACAGUUUCAAGGACUAUUGACCGCUUUGGUGUAUGUUUUUUCACGUGCUUCUCAGGUCGCAUUAUUGCAAGUGUUUGUUGUGGGUCUUGCCUAUCUGACCAUAGACAGGUCCCAGUAUGUUCCUUUUUCAUUACUGGUGAUUCAGUUAUGCACAGCCUGUCUUCCUUCCGGGGCCUCUAGCAUUAGUCUCUGGUGAGAAGAAAAAAGUAGGUGCAUUUAGGAGCAAGGAGAAAUGGUUUAGUUCCUCCCCCCAUUAAAGUUUUCAUAUAUUGUUAAUUUCAGACCUCAAGCAUUGUUUGCCACCUGUCAGACUCAUUCAGAAGUGUAGGGAUUAACUAAUAAAAGAUUUGUAAAUGCUUCCUGAAUCUAAAAUUUCACGAAUAUGCUAAAUAGUAAUAAUCCACCCAUUGUUAAAUUUAUGUAGCUGCUUCUGCCAUGCAUACAAGAUGAUUUAGAUGCAUGUUUCCUGUCAAUUAAACAAUGAGUUUGGAGUGAAAUAAUGAGUUCAAUUCACAGCCUCUGAAACUUUGAAAUAAAAUUUCUUCCAUAAGGCAGCAUCGGCAGAGAAUCAUAAAGUAAGCAGCAUUUCAAAAAGCUAUGUAAGGAAUGGCAAUUACCUUAUGGUUGGGGGGAAAGGGACCAAUGAACUUCUGAAACCAAGAAAUAUUCAUUCUUGAUUCAUGUGUGCCUGAACCAUUAACAUCCCCUAACAUUUGGGGUAAGUAAGCCUAUGGGGAGGGCAGGCAGGUUUGUGGAACAACCUAAUAGUUGUCCAUUUUAAUCCAUGAAAUAUGCUGCUUGGUAUUUCAAGGCGGAAGUUCAUUUUGUGGUUUCAUUCAUAGACAGUGAAAAAAAGGCUUCACAAUCACUUGCAUAAAUUAUUCAUUCUUGCAAUAGCAUGGGCUUGAUUUAAGCAUCCUUAAUACCAGCUAUUAUUUUAAUAUUCUGAGAUAAUUAACUUGUUCCCAGUCGAAUGAGUGACAUGUUAACAUUUUUCUCUUAGCACAUUUUUAAUAAUAAAGUGUGUCAUUCUUCUGUUUACUGGUAUCCGAGAGUAAAACCUGUUUAUUAUAUGGUGAUGUUGAAUAUAAAUAUUGAUACUAGUCAUCUUUUCUGUUUUGUGAAGACUACUCUGGGUUCACAGAUUAAGCUGUGUAAAACUGUGAAGUUGAGGAUGUUUCCCUUGACAUGGCCCCACUUCAGUGGCUUUUUCUUCUCAUUUCCUCCACUCAGAUUUCUCAUAUGGAUAGGUGCUGAGCCCCAGCCCAGUGUUCCAGAACUUUCUCUCUGCCAUCACUCCUCCUUUACUCAGGUUUUACAACAAUAGAAGAGCACAUGAAAGAGGGCUCUUCAUCAGGCAUUCUUGAUUAAGCUAUGAAAAUGGAAUCAAAGCUUAUUUUCCCCGUUCGUAUGGUAAGUCCAGCUGAGAGCAGGGUGUUCUCUUCUUCACUUCCAGCAAGCCAGAGUUUCAUAAAUGGACACUGACAUGGACUACGAAAGACCCAACGUGGAAACCAUCAAGUGUGUGGUGGUGGGAGACAAUGCCGUGGGGAAGACACGCCUGAUCUGUGCCAGAGCGUGUAAUACCACGCUCACGCAGUAUCAGCUGCUGGCCACCCACGUGCCUACCGUGUGGGCCAUUGACCAGUACCGUGUCUGCCAGGAGGUCUUGGAACGUUCCCGAGAUGUUGUUGAUGAAGUGAGCGUUUCUCUCAGGCUUUGGGAUACUUUUGGUGAUCAUCACAAGGACAGGCGAUUUGCAUAUGGCAGGUCUGAUGUUGUGGUCCUCUGUUUUUCAAUUGCUAAUCCCAAUUCCCUAAAUCAUGUGAAAACCAUGUGGUAUCAAGAAAUCAAGCAUUUUUGCCCUCGCACACCUGUUGUCCUUGUUGGCUGCCAGCUUGAUCUCCGCUAUGCCGAUCUGGAGGCUGUUAAUCGAGCCAGACGCCCAUUAGCCAGGCCCAUAAAGAGAGGGGAUAUUUUGCCCCCAGAAAAAGGUCGAGAGGUUGCAAAGGAACUUGGUAUACCAUACUAUGAGACCAGUGUAUUUGACCGGUUUGGAAUCAAGGAUGUAUUUGACAAUGCCAUUCGUGCAGCGCUGAUUUCCCGCCGGCACCUGCAGUUCUGGAAGUCCCACUUAAAAAAAGUCCAGAAACCUUUACUUCAGGCACCCUUCCUACCUCCCAAAGCCCCUCCACCAGUCAUCAACAUCCCAGAGUGUCCUUCCAUGGGGACUAAUGAAGCUGCCUGUUUACUGGAUAAUCCACUGUGUGCUGAUGUCCUGUUCAUCCUUCAGGACGAGGAGCACAUCUUUGCACAUCGAAUUUACCUUGCUACCUCUUCUUCCAAAUUUUAUGAUCUUUUUUUAAUGGAAUGUGAAGAAUCCCCAAAUUGGGGUGAAGGAGUUUGUGAGAAAGAGAUGCAGAGCAGGCCUCUUCAGGGCUGGACGCUGAGUCUUGAUGCAGAUGAGGAAGGGGAAGAAGGUGCCCCGAGGAGGCCUCAGGCCGAUCAGGGGAUGUCUCCAAGCAAGAACCUGUUGGAGACUCCGGGGCUGGAAGCUGAGGGCUCCAUUACUGAGAUGCAGCCUUUGUCAGGCUGGAGCAAAGGGUUCAUUGGCAUGCACAAAGAAAUGCAGGUCAAUCCCAUUUCAAAGCGGGUGGGCCCCGUGACUGUGGUCAGGAUGGACUCGUCAGUCCAGCCGGGCCCUUUCCGGACCCUGCUCCAGUUUCUUUAUACAGGUCAACUGGAUGAGAAGGAAAAGGAUUUGGUGGGGCUGGCUCAGAUUGCAGAGGUCCUCGAGAUGUUUGAUUUGAGGAUGAUGGUGGAAAACAUCAUGAACAAGGAAGCCUUUAUGAACCAGGAGAUUACGAAAGCCUUUCACGUCAGGAAAGCCAACCGGAUAAAAGAGUGCCUCAGCAAGGGGACAUUCUCAGAUGUGACCUUUACCUUGGAUGAUGGAGCCAUCAGUGCCCACAAGCCAUUGCUUAUCUGUAGCUGUGAGUGGAUGGCUGCCAUGUUUGGGGGUUCGUUUGUGGAAAGCGCCAACAGUGAGGUACAUCUCCCAAACAUAAACAAGAUGUCAAUGCAAGCUGUAUUGGAUUAUCUCUAUACCAAGCAGUUGUCACCUAACUUGGACCUGGAUCCGCUGGAACUAAUUGCCUUGGCAAACAGAUUCUGCCUGCCACACUUGGUUGCACUUGCAGAGCAGCAUGCUGUUCAGGAGCUGACCAAGGCCGCCAUGAGUGGCGUGGGCAUUGAUGGGGAAGUGCUCUCCUAUUUGGAAUUGGCCCAGUUUCACAAUGCCAACCAGUUGGCCGCCUGGUGUUUGCACCACAUCUGCACCAACUACAACAGUGUUUGUUCCAAGUUCCGCAAAGAAAUCAAAUCAAAAUCUUCAGACAAUCAGGAGUACUUUGAGCGGCACCGCUGGCCCCCUGUGUGGUACCUGAAGGAGGAAGACCACUACCAGCGUGUGAAAAGGGAACGAGAGAAGGAAGACAUUGCACUAAAUAAACAUCACUCAAGACGAAAGUGGUGCUUCUGGAAUUCAUCUCCGGCAGUUGCCUGAAAAGGAACAGAAAAAAACAAUCAGUAAUCUGAUACACCACUUUUAAAAGCACUACUGUAAAGUUAGUCCUCUUAUUAGAGAUGUGAUGUAGUUCAGGUUUCAGGCACUGACCUUCCUCCACUUUUGUGCAUUUAUCUUUGUUAGGAUCAAAGCACAAGCUCACCAUCAAUGAGCCUGGACAAAAAGGGAAGCUGACUCUCUCACUGCAUUCCUUAAACUGAUACGUAUAUAUCUAUUUUUUUUUUUUGGAGGCUUAAUAAACUUUAGUCCGUUACUUUGUUUCUUUUUUAUACAAAGAAAAAAAAUCCAGCUUUCAUGUUUCAGAUUCCAAAUUGGAAAAUAUUUUUAUAUGGUCUCUUGUAUUUUGUUGAAACGAGAAUACUAUGUAUUACUUUAUUUUACAGGCCACAAAUUUGACCAUGACGUCGCCCUGUGAUUCUCUUGGCCCAUAUGACUGCCAAGCAUUAUUACAUAAUUAAAGGGUUAUCCUUUUGCUGUGAAGUAAAGGGUUGGACUGAAGUCCCCCAAAGUGCAAGUUGAAAGUGCUUAAUUUUUGUUCUUCUGAAUAACAUCGGUAUAAUUACCAACUCGACUCCAAGAAUGUGUAUUUACAAUAUUUGCUGUGUAAGUGCUAGUAAUUAUAUGGUUAUAUGUGCCAUGUAAAAUAUAGUGAUAGCAAAUAUUCUGUUGUUUAAAAUGUCUAGAUUCAAGAGGAUAAUCUUUAUAAUCAUUAGAAGGGCUCAUUAAAUCCCAGCAUUAUCCAGGGCAGACUCACUGGUGGACCUAAACACAUAAGCUACCAUUAGAACAUUGGUGUUUGGAUUGCUAUAUUAGGUUAUGUCUCCCAGUAUUCCUUGAUCUUGCCGUGCUUCUGCAUCAGACUCUCCUCUGACUUGAAUUGAGAUGGGUAGGGGAAAAUUUCCCCAGACUCGUCCCACCAUCUACAGGUUUGUCACAUCUCACCACCGGAAAACCGUCUUCCUCAGGUCUCUCACCUGUGGCCAACCAACUUCAUUUUGUAAGGCAUAUAUUUUUAACUCUUCCCAGGGAAAAAUUCAUGUUGCUGCAGAAGUAGGCUAAGGCAAACCACCCACUCCUGCUGAAAUUCAGCAGGGCCUGUGAAAGCAUGGAGCUAGAGGCUAGGUCCCUGCCUUCUCCAACCAGAAAGGAAUCUAAUCCCAAGAGUCUAGGAAAUGGUGCUAUUGUGAGUUAGUUCUGACCCUUGGUCCUUCUGAGUUUUCAGUGUUAAAAUAGAAAGUGGUAGAGCAGCGGGGAGCUUUCAAGAGGCAUCUAGUCAUUGCUUCUCUGUGAAUUAAAAUGUUACACACACACACACACACACACACACACACACAGCACUGUAAAACCACAUCUCCGUGCCUGCUGGGCGAGACAUUAUAAAAUUGUGUGGGCAGGACCUGGGGCUCAUCCUGUUAGGAGGUCAACUUAUUGAUGUUAAGGGCUGUUGAUUUUAUUUUUUUCUAGCUUUUCAUAAAAUGAAAUAGACAGCUGAGUCCAAACCCCAAUGUGGACAAGUAUGCAUUUGGGAACCUGUCUGUAUUACAGGUGGGUGUUUAUUCUUAACAGUGGAAACACAUUAGAUGCUAGAGCUUGCCCAAAAGUGCAACACCCUUGCUGACAACAGGGGGCAGUGGAGUAGGGAUGGUGAUAAAUGCAUCCCCCUUGAUUUUUUUUUUUAAAUGGGGUUAUAAAUCAUUAAUGGAAGCAGAAAGAAGAUGGAAUGAGAGGAUAAAUGUCAAGACUCAGGGAGAAUUGGCAUGCAUCCCAUUAUAAAAUGAUAGAGAUUGCGUUUUCAGUGAGUAGUCAUAGUUAAAUUUGUACAACCAAAGCUCCCAUUUGAUUGUAAUCUUGCCAAAAUGUAAUGGACAUAUAAAUGAACAUGGGGUAUAAGCAAUAAUAUCCACUAGUGUUGUUAUCAGCUGCUGUAACCAAGUGGCUGGUUCAUUUGGUUGAUGCUGAUUAUGGCCUUUAACCACGGUGGUUUGUUUCAUGUUUUUUAUUUCACAAAAAAAAAAAAAAAAAAGCCAAUAAAAUUGUUUAGCUAUAAAAUG